AUGGUUAACCAAAGCAAACACCUGACAGCAGUCCAUGAACUGUGGAAGAUUUUACGACAGCGCAAGGCAGAGGGCAGCUUUGAACUGGAUGGAGAGCGCCUGCACAUUGCCGAGGUCGUUGCUGCUGCUCAACAAGACAGCCUGCCGAAGCUCAGUGAAGAUCCGAAACUCAAUAAAUCCUUGCAAGACAGUGUAAAUGUAUUAUUCGACCAUCUGGCGCAAGGAUGGUACGUAUAUGGCGUCAACACCGGGUUCGGAGGCAGUGCAGAUUCGCGCACCACGGAGGUCAUUGAGCUGCAGAAGUCUUUGAUGCAGCAUACCCAGAGUGGUAUUUUGACGCGAUCAUCGCUCGAUGGCUCAGUCAUUCCGGGGCAUGCCAUGCCGCCGUCAUGGGUGCGCGCUGCCAUGGUUGUGAGAUGCAACUCUACACUACGGGGUCAUUCGGCUGUCUCAUUUCCCAUUAUUAAAGCUAUGGAAAGACUCCUAGAACAUGGCCUCACUCCUGUUGUCCCACUGCGUGGCUCAGUUUCAGCUUCUGGUGACCUUAUGCCUCUCGCCUAUGUUGCUGGCAGUUUGGAGGGUAACCCAGACAUCCUCCUCGAGAAAGAUGGGAAAGUAAAGCCAUCACAUCUGGCUUUGCAGGACGCAGGAAUUCCACCAAUAUCCCUAGGUCCGAAGGAGGGUCUUGGUCUUAUCAACGGAACAUCUGCAUCUGCAGGUCUUGGAGCUCUGGUUGUGGCCGAGUCACAUCUACUUUCAUUGCUGACACAGGUUUUGACGGGUGGUGCUGUUGAAGCACUCCGCGGAAGCGACGAAAGUUUCCAUCCUUUUAUAGCAAAGUCACGACCGCACCCUGGUCAGAUUGAAUCUGCACGCAAUAUUCACUACUUUCUUCGCGGUUCUCACUUGUCUCGAGACGUGCUCGAACCAAAGAAUCGCCGGCGUGAAGACCUAGUUCAAGAUCGAUAUUCUCUUAGAAGCGCUCCUCAAUGGAUUGGACCGCAGCUGGAGGACUUGCUGCUGGCAGAUCAGCAAAUCAGCAUCGAGCUCAACUCUUCUUGUGACAAUCCACUUGUUGAUAGCAGCGCCAAUGAUAUAUACUACGGCUGCAACUUCCAAGCUGCGGCUGUUACAUCAGCCAUGGAGAAAGUCCGACUGGCUUUACAGAUGUUUGGGCGGAUAUUGUUCGCACAGAGCACGGAGAUGAUUGAUCCUCAUCUAAGCGGUGGCUUGCCCGCGAAUCUUGCCGCAGAUGACCCAAGCCUGUCCUUUACUAUGAAAGGAGUAGAUGUCAACAUGGCUGCCUAUAUGGCCGAGCUAUCUUAUCUAGCUAACCCAAUGAGUUCGCAUGUACAAGCAGCGGAGAUGCACAACCAGUCAGUCAAUUCUAUGGCUCUUGCCUCGGCGCGAAUGAGCUUUGAUGCCGUAGACGUCUUGAAAAAGAUGGCGGCAUGUAGUGUGUUUGUUGUUUGCCAGGCGUUAGAUUUGCGAUCUCUCCAUAUCGAAUUCGUGACCCAAGCUACCAAAACCAUUUCCGCUAUCACCGAAACGUUCUUCUCUGCUAUAAUUGAAGCUCAACAACUGAUAUCCCUUCAAGACGCCUUGAAGACCCAUGUUGGCCCUGCCUGGGCAACCACCGGAAAGCUAGACCUGCAUGUUCGGUCCGAACUAUUGAUAAAUUCAGCUGUACCAAUCGUCCUCUCCCAUGCGUCUGGUGAUAUAAAGAAUGUUUUAGAGUGGCAGAAACAGACCACAAAUGCAGUCUCUGACCUUUGGAAAAGGACCUUUGACGCCUUCUCGGCUGCGCCUCAUACUGCAACGCUGCUGGGUAAAGGUUCUCGGGUACUCUAUGAAUUUAUCCGAAAGACGUUGGGUGUCCCUUUCCACGAGGGUUUUGUAGAACAUCCCACAUUUGAUAACGACACUCUGAAAGGCAGAGCUAAGAAGACAAUUGGUGGGUGGAUAUCCAUCAUCCACGCCAGCAUCGAGGAUCGUUCGAUAUAUGAUGGGUUACUGGCUCUUGUCGAAGAAGGGCUGCUGAACACAACCAAUGGAACAAGCGAGUAA